AUGGCUUGUACUAAAGAUGAAAUUAUGUGUGAUUGGAGCACGAUCUUUCCUGACUUCUCGACAAUUGAAGGUUCUAAACUAUUCAUUAAAAAAAUUGUGGCUGUGUCAUUAUCAGCCAUCACGUACUAUAGAGGCGUAUUCCCCGAAAGAGCUUAUGGUGAAAGAAAAAUAGGAGGAAUAAAAGUUAAGGUACUGACGGAGGAUAGUGGAUUGGAAUCGGUCAGUUCUUUCAUCGAAUUAAUAAGAAGCUGCUACGAUGCCGUGGAUAAAAAAUAUCUUCAGCAGAUGAAGAUUGGGAUUUGCCGUGACCCAAAAAAUAAAAACGAAGUAAUUGAAUCCUACUGUUUGACGUUUCGAUAUUCGGAUAAAGAAAAUUCUAUCACUUGCAACAAGAAAAAGGUUUCAUCACUGACUUCAGACGAUCCUACAGUUCAGGCCACUCUUAUGAUGCUGAAGCAUAUACAUUCCGUCAAUGAGAUUCUGGAAGAUUUACCUAAAAAUUCAUUUCUGACAGUCAAGCUUCUUUAUUAUGACGAUGUCACUCCUCCUGAUUAUGAGCCGGAAGGAUUUGAACCUUCAACUUGUGAAAAAUUUACAUUCCCUGGGAAAGCUUUGAAGUUAUCCAUAGGGACAGUGGAAACACAGAUGUCUGGCUGCAAACUGCAUUUAAAAUCCGUCUUGGUUUCGAAUCCCAAGUUUGCUGAAGAAGCUAUCUUGCUGCACACCCAAGAACAGAACAAACAAAAAAUGAUAACAGGACCUGAAUAUGAAGAAGAAAGCAUUUCAACUCCAGAAACUGCAUCAGAUUUAAUUAAAUGCAUGAUUUGUAAGCAAGAUCAACAUAAAAUUUGCUAUGGCAUUUUAAAUGAUGAGGACAUUCCAGAGCAGUUUUACUGCGUCUAUUGUUUCACUUUUGAAGCAACGGAUACUCAAGCUCCUGACAUUAUAUAUUCAUCCAGACCCAAAGACCAGCAGAACUUAUGUGCAAUGAGAAGAGCAAUCUAUUUUGCUUCGAAACUGCCAUCUGUGUCACAGUGUACUUUUGAAAAAGAACUGGGCUUCAACAAGUUACGUGCAAAAACCUUGAUGGAACAGCUUAUUUCAGAAGAUAUUGUAACUAAAAUGAAUCGAAACAAAAAACAUCAAGUAAAUGAAGAAAAGCUGAAGAUAGGAAUGAUCAAAUAUUUUCCUAAUCAUGAAAACAAAGAAAAUAUGGACCAAACAACAGUGAGAAAACAAAACAAGCGAAAUACAUCGAGGUUGCAGAAGCUAAGCAUGAAAUCAACUCCUGAGGAACAACAACCCUCAGAUGAGGACGAAGAAGAAAUUUCUAAUGAAGAGGUCGAAGCUUUAGAAAUUGAUGAACCUGAGGAAAAGCAAUAUAACCAGAGAAAGCGAAAAUCAUUCCAAGAUGAACCAAAUGAUUCAGUGGAACCUCAACCAGGACGUGCGAUAGUUCUUGAAUUAACAUUUAUCUUGUGCAAUAUCAAGAAGAGCCAAAGUUAA